GCUCUUGACACGCUGACUGACGGCGUGCCCCGUUUGUGCCGCGUCCUGCCCCCGAGUUCAUUUUACCAAACACGCUGGCCCCAUUCGCCUGAUGCGCUGCGUUGCGUCGAUUCUCCUGCUCAGCGCCCUAAUUUCGGCAGACGAGGAGCACGACGACCCGAACGCUCACUUUGCCGGUGAGGGCGAGUGGACCACGAGGGUUCGCGUCCCAGACCGAGGCUGGACGCUCGCCGAUAAGUCAGAGACGGAGGAGGCGGGCCGGUGGAUACUCCAGCGAGUUUGCAAAAACACGAAUUUUGAGGGGAAGAGGGUGAUUUCGCUCCUCGAGCUCGCGACCUCGAAGGGCGUCUCGAUUGCGCGCGAGACCGCGUACGUGAGCGGCAUUGGCGUCGGCGUGAGCGCUCUGCACUGCGCCGCCUUCAACGGUCGUGCCGAUUUUGUGGAGUCGCUGCUCGCGGCCGGAGCGGAUGUGGCCGGGCGAGUGGCGACGCACAGCAAUGGCGCCGCCUUGAUCACGCCGCUGCACCUCAUAGUCCAAGAGGCGCUUCGCAUCGCCCACGCAGGUCUCGGCCGGAAGUCAACAAAGGUUGAGGGUCUGCGCGACUCGGCGCGCCUGCUGCUGGCUCAAGAGAGCAUGGUGGAAGUAGAUCACGCACGGCGGCUUGCAGAGGAGGGAUGGGACGCAUUUGUCCUCCGCUUGGACGAUGUCAACGACGCCGAGCCGGACAACGACAGCCGGCACAACGGCACGCAACUUGGCACAAAGGAGGAGCUCUAGGGCCGUAGGUAGCUGGGCAACGCACCUGUUCAAGAGGCUAACGCACACGGGACAGGGCCCCGCGGCGUG